UACGUGAAUCAAGUGUGGUAAAGUACUAGUGCUAUUCACGUCAAUUAUAUAUUUCUAAGGAUAUUGACGGUAACUAACGAACGUUUAAUCGUUUUAUAUGAACAUACAAUCAAGUUGGCAUAUAUUACUGGUUUUCAUUCAUAUUUGUUUUCAGUUGUGUACUCGCGUAUUAGAAGCUAAGCACCUGUAGUGUUAAUUAAAACAAAGUACACUGAUCUCCUUACAGACACAGUGUAAUUAAAUGGUAUAAACUAUCAGAUAUUAAAACAUUCAUUUGUGGAAAACAGUGUACAAGGAUUGUUUCAUAUCGCAUGAGCCAAUUAAAAACGUCGAGUUGUAUUAUUGAACAAUUAGGGCGGGGUCCACCACUAUGACGUAACUGUUCUCUGACAUUUAUAAGAACAAACAAUUUUGCGCAUUUUAAUAAGAUCGGUAUUGUUUUGAUAAAAGCAUGGCAAAAGCUUUAGCGAACAAGAAGCCGAGAUACACACCGACAUCACACAUUUUUAACAUUAUUUCAAGAGAGAAGGAAAAAUCGUUUACACAAUUAGAUCAAGUAGAGACAAGGGAUUGCAAUGAAAAAUUUACAGGCAUUAAGGAAUCUGCAUCGCCACAUUGUACUAGAGUCGAAAUAGCAAUUGUCAUAGUAGUUCUGUGUGCUAGGUCUGAUAGCAGGGCUUGCUGUCGCUCUCACAAAAAACAAAAACGACGAUGGCGGAGAAAAGCAGACAAGAGAUUGUCCUCAGAAUUGCAACAUCGGAUCAAGUGAUGCUAGGUGCAACUUAUGUUUUUGUGAAAUAACUGGUAGAGUGUAUUCUGUGUCAACUGGUAAUCCAUUAGGGAAUGUAACUAUUGAUCCGAAAUCCGAACCGACGACAGUUCAGCUUGCACUAAGUAAUCUUACAGGACAUUUUAGCUUGAAAACUAAUUGUACUCCAUCAAAGCUUUAUGUCUCGAAAAAGGGCUAUGUUGAUACAGCAAUAGAUGUUAGCACUUCUUACCUUGAGAUACAUAUGCCGAAGAUAGUUAAACCUUAUCUCGUUGAGACGCCACAAUCGAAGUACAGAUUGAUAGCGGAAAAUGUUACGUUUUGUUGCAAAGCAUUUGCAAAUCCAGACAUUCACUAUUAUGAAUGGUUUAGAAAUCACUCCAAACUAGAUAGCCAUGUUUAUCCGAAUCAAACACAACUGUUUUUGACAAACUUGAGUAAGUCAGAUAGCGGGAUAUACCAGUGUAAAGCUUACAGUGAUACAGGAGUUAUAAUGUCUGAAGUUGCAAAAUUAAAUGUAAAAGCUACACCAAAUGAAUUUUGUAAUGACGCUUUGAAGCUAAAACCGUUGCAGUUGCCAGAUGAUUGUGUUCAACAAAAUACAAAUUCAACUACAUAUGAGCUACACGAAUGCUCAGGUGUUCCAUGUAGAAAUUACACGUCUACCGGGAAACAGAACUGUAGAGAUGAGGAUAACUUUUGCUGCGCAAUAAAAGAUUUUCAGAUUGUAACUGUGGACUGCUCUGAUUAUGUCUUAGAACUAGUGGACGCACAAUCCUGUGAAUGUGAUGUUUGCAAGGUAUCAGAAAUGACUGUUCUUGGAACUGCAAAGGGACAACAAGACGGAACACCUGUUAAAUUCGGAACUGUAUAUGUGAAUGGGGAAAUAAAAAGUUAUACAACAGACCAAGGUUUUUUCGAAUUUUCGAUUGAACCGUUGGUUUCAAAAAUAAUUUUAAUUAUCAAGGAUAAUAUCUUCAAUGAAUUUCUUCCAGCUGUUAGAAUAAUUGAAUUAUCUGACGGUCUGAGUGAUAUUUUGAAAGUUGAAGUGAAAAUGAUGAGGGCUGCUGAACCUAUAAAGAUAAACUCAUCGGUAGAAAAUAUGCUGCAAGCAGGAUCUUCUAGCGAGUCAAAUUCUUCCAAUAUUUUAUUAUCUGUACCUGCAAAUGCAUUUUAUUUUGAAAAUGGUAGUCAAUUCUUUGGAAUAGUUGAAGCAAGAUUAACAUUUCUUGAUCCGUCAAACACUUCUGUUUUUGAUGAUAUGCCAGGAGAGUUUGAGUAUAUUGAUGAAGAAGGAAACUCUGGAGGGUUGAUUUCACUUGGUGUUUUCAAUCUUUAUUUUGAAGAUAUAUCUGGCAAUCCUUUGAUAAUGAAUAAAGUAAUCGAUGCUUAUAUGCCUCAAGAUGUCGAUGAAAGUGGAACGUCCGGAGACUUUAAAUUGUGGACUUUAAGUCCCCAAACUGGCAUUUGGGAACUGGAGAAAGACAGUGGCGAAAUAACACGGAAAAGGAGAAGUCAUGGCAAUGCUUAUGCAUGGGUCGGUGCUCUCGCAGACGUAUCGAAACAGACAUGGUACAAUUACGAUAAGGUUUACAAAUUGGCUAAUUCAAAACCCUGAAU